AUAGGCAAAUCCGUAAUUUCACAACCACACAUCACGCCCUCUCCGUCUCCAUAAAAAAGCCAAAAUCUUCCACGGCUUUGAACCCGGAAUCGGUUCAUUUCCGGAGAGAAAAAGAAGAAGAAGAAGCGAAAAUCAAAGCCCUAAAAAUACGCGAUGAACGCACAAACAAAGCUUCAACAUUAACCGAAUCCUCUUUCAGAGGCGGUGUUUCUAGCCAAAUAAACCCAUUUUUUUAAUUCCUUCACUUUUCUGUAUUUUCUUUUCUUUUCCUGAUGCGGCGAGGGAGGGCUACAAAGCCGCUAAACCCAGCGCCGACGAAGGCCGCUGAAAAUCCUUCCGAAAUCCGAUUCAGAGGCGUCCGGAAACGUCCAUGGGGCCGAUUCGCUGCCGAGAUCCGAGAUCCCUGGAAAAAGACGCGAGUUUGGCUUGGGACUUUCGACUCCGCUGAAGACGCGGCACGUGCUUAUGACGCUGCCGCAAGGUCGCUCCGUGGGCCCAAGGCGAAAACGAAUUUUCCGUUGACGAUUUCUCCGUCUAAUAAUGUUAAUAAUGUUCCUGUACUUUUACAACAUCGGGAACGGGAGUCUCGAACCGGGUUUUGUAAUUUUGAUCCGGCUCUUCAGGUCAAUAGACCGACGAGCAGCAGCAUGAGUAGUACGGUGGAGUCGUUUAGUGGGCCCAGGGUGUCGAAACCUGUGCCGGUUGUCCCACGAGUGCAGCGGAAAAUCGUACAACCGGUUGCACCGGAUGAUUGUCAUAGCGAUUGUGAUUCAUCGUCCUCGGUUGUUGAUGACGGUGAUGAUUGUGUUCUCAGUUCUUCGCCCAGGAAAAUCCUGCCAUUCGAUCUGAAUUUACCACCACCGAUGACGAUGGACGUCGUUGAUGUUGACGGUGAUGAUCUUCGAGCCACUGCUUUGCGCCUCUGAUGUUAUUUUUUCUUCUCAUAAUUUAAUGUUUUUCUUUUCAAAGUUUUAUUUUAUGGGGAAUAUCAUGAUGAUUAUUAUGAGAAAAAGAAAAAGAAAAUUCCGGUACUUGGUGGUAGGUUGAAGAGAAAAUUUAUGAAAGAUGUCUACUCUUUUAAAUUUUAUGUAGAUUAGUUGUUCAUUAUGCGAUCUGGGAUUUCUUCAACUUGAUGAUGGGCUGUUGAGUAUUAACGUGUUGUCUGUAUCGUUGAAGUUAAUUCGUCUUACAAAAGAAGUGGAUUUGAUCCUUA